CCUGCAGCCGCGGAGCUUGUCCCGCCGGGACUCCCUUCAGGCCUAAGGAUGAAGGCGAGAAGAAAUAAAAAACAAGUCCCAAGCUUUCGCAAGUUGCUAAAAACUAGUAAAGUCAAGCUUGAAAACAAGCUAAAAAACAAGCAAUUUAAACAACAAAGCACUCUCAAGAAGUACCGAAAAGAGCAACGGAAGCUAAGACAGGCUGUGAAAGAUGCUGUUUCUAAGAAACCCAUCCCACUGGAGGAGCCAAAGAAAAAACGACCAGGUAAAAGGAUUGAGAGGGAAGAGGAGGAAGAAGAGGAAGCCCUUCCUUUAGAUAUGAUGGAUGAAGAUGACUUACAGUUAAUGAAGGAUUUGGGGCAAAGAGCAUCUUUUCUCACGAGAGAUCUUUCUUCUAGUGAGCCUGUUCAUGUCAAGAAACGAAAGCACGAGCACAUUAUAGAUAAAUAUGAAAAAAUACCAAGAACUCUGCAAACUGCACCAGAGAAGGAACUGAUUCAUUUGCUUCCUAUCAAAGAUCAAAGUGGUAUAAUCCCACAGACCAGGGAGAAGCCAGUUUCUGACAGUAACAAAGAUGAAGAGGAUCAAGAGGAGGAGAGUGACCUCGAAGAAGAAAUCAUUGAAGAACCCAUUCGAGAGCUGACCAUUGAAGAACAUUUCAUUGAGAGAAAGAAGAAACUGCAAGAAAAGAAAAUGCAUAUUGCAGCCUUGGCAUCUGCCAUAUUAUCAGAUCCAGAAAGUAAUAUUAAAAAAUUGAAAGAAUUACGUUCCAUGCUGAUGGAGCAGGAUCCUGAUGUGGCUGUUACUGUUCGAAAGCUGGUGAUCAUUUCUCUGAUGGAGUUAUUUAAAGACAUUACUCCUUCAUAUAAAAUUCGGCCCCUCACAGAAGCAGAAAAAUCUACCAAGACCCGAAAAGAAACCCAGAAGUUAAGAGAGUUUGAAGAAGGCCUGGUUAGCCAGUACAAAUUUUAUUUGGAAAAUCUGGAGCAAAUGGUUAAAGAUUGGAAGCAAAGGAAACUGAAGAAAAGUAACGUAGUUUCCUUAAAGGCAUACAAAGGACUGGCAGAGGUGGCUGUGAAAAGCCUGUGUGAGCUGUUGGUGACACUGCCUCAUUUUAACUUUCACAACAACAUCAUCGUAUUGAUUGUCCCUCUCAUGAAUGAUGUGUCAAAAUCGAUAUCUGAAAUGUGUUGUGAGGCAGUAAAGAAACUCUUUAAACAAGAUAAAUUAGGCCAAGCUUCUCUUGGUGUAAUUAAAGUGAUUUCUGGUUUUGUGAAGGGCAGAAAUUAUGAAGUUAGACCAGAGAUGUUAAGAACAUUUUUGUGCCUAAGAAUAAAAGAAGUAGAACUGAAAAAAGAUACAGAGGACAUUAAUAAACCAAAAAAGUUCAUGACUUUCAAGGAGAAGAGAAAAACUCUUUCAAGAAUGCAGAGAAAGUGGAAGAAAGCAGAAGAGAAACUUGAGAGAGAGCUUCGGGAGGCAGAAGCUUCAGAGAGUACUGAGAAAAAACUGAAACUGCACACAGAGACUCUGAAUAUUGUGUUUGUAACCUACUUCCGAAUAUUGAAGAAGGCCCAGAGGUCAUCUCUUCUGCCAGCAGUUCUAGAAGGUCUUGCCAAGUUUGCCCACCUUAUAAAUAUCGAGUUUUUUGAUGAUUUGUUAUUAGUUCUUCAUAAUCUCAUUGAAUCUGGUGACCUGAGCUAUCAAGAAAGUCUUCACUGUGUCCAGACUGCUUUUCAUAUUCUUUCUGGACAAGGUGAUGUUCUGAAUAUUGAUCCAAUGAAAUUUUAUACACAUCUCUACAAAACACUGUUCAAGUUGCAUGCAGGUGCCACUAAUGAGGGUGUUGAGAUUGUACUGCAGUGCCUUGAUGUCAUGCUAACUAAGCGCAGAAAGCAGGUUUCUCAGCAGCGAGCCCUUGCCUUCAUCAAGCGCCUUUGUACCCUUGCUCUGCAUGUUCUUCCGAAUUCAAGUAUUGGCAUUUUAGCAACUACCAGAAUAUUGAUGCAGACUUUCCCAAAGACAGAUCUGCUGCUUGACAAUGAGUCUCAGGGAAGUGGAGUUUUCCUCCCUGAGCUGGAUGAACCUGAGUACUGCAAUGCCCAGAACACUGCUCUGUGGGAACUGCACACGCUACGGAGACAUUAUCAUCCUAUAGUGCAGAGAUUUGCAGCUCACAUGAUUGCUGGAGCACCUUCCGAAGGCUCUGAAGCACUCAGACCAGAGUUGAGUCGAAGAUCUGCUGCUGAACUUUUUGAGGCUUAUAGCAUGGCAGAAAUGACAUUCAAUCCUCCUGUUGAAUCUUCAAACUCCAAAAUAAAGGCUAAGGUUUUACAAGGGGAUUCAUUUUUGAAUGAAGACUUAAAUCAACUAAUCAAAAAACAUUGCAAUGAAGUGGGAACUCAGUCACCCCUGGAUUUUACCAAAUAUUUGGAAACAACGCUGUGGUAGAAGAAUGAAGUCAGUGGACUUUCUGGUGUAAUUUUGUGUGUGGGAUACACGUAAAGAUAAGUUGGGAACUUAUGGCCGUUUUUUCAUGCAAGGAACACUUCCUAAGAAUGAUUAGGAAGAAGAGGAGGAAGAAUUACCCUUUGCAUGGCACAGCAUUCUGUCCCAGUUCUGAAAAUGUUGUUCAUUAAGGAGAUAGAAAAGCUUUUUUUUCUCCGCAAUAUUUGGAAAUUUCCUUUUCAGUGAUGCUGCCUUUUUAAAACUUCUUGUACAUAUUAAGUUAUAGUUUUUUAAAAAAAAUCUAUGAACUGGUUCUUAUUGAAAUGUAGUUGCUAUAUUAAAAUUAGGCCAUAGAGCACAGAAAAAUCAAUACCAUGAGAACACCUUUAACCACUUAGCUACUCUUUAAAUACUCUUUAAAACUCAGUAUUUAUUUUUAUUGCGACACUAUAGAUGGAAAUGACAAACACUCUAAAUUUGAGAGAAUAAAUUUUUAUGAAGAUUUUUGAGAAAAGAAAAAACAGCUUGAAGUUGGUCCCAGGUUCAUUGGCUCUUGUUGCAGGACACAUCGCAAGAAGUAACCUAACUUGGCUUCUUUAAAAAGGAAUGAAUGUUCCUUUUGGCUACUUUCUAAGAAAGUUUGAAUGUGAUUCUGAUCUCUUUGAAAUUCUUUGCAUUUUUGCCUUGGAGAUGGGUGGAGGAAUUGCUCCAGGGUGGAAGAACCAGGUCCAAGGCUUUCUGUUUUAGGGACAAAGGGGACCCAGUGAGGGGGACACCCCCUUCCCACCCCCCUUGGAACAGAUAAAAUGCCCUUUCUUAGAAAUAUAAUUACAAAGCAGUAUUUUAUGUAACAGCUGUUCCCAAAUUCUAGGAAUGGCCUAAGAAAUGAGUGUUUAGUGACCAGGUUAUAAAUAUUCUCUACUGUGAAUAGUUGAAUAAAACAGCUGUUCUCUUUGCUUUCUA